AUUGGCCAUAUUGGGUUGGUAAAUAUAGAACUGUAGAGAUGUAGAACUAAAGCGUGGUACUUAGCUAUUUAAGUUGUUGGUACUUGGUAGUACCUACACAGUGAAGUCUAGUUGAUUCAGGAAAACUUGACUUGAGAUUUUCUUUCUUAUGAUUUACUGAUGAAACCUUGAUUGUUGAAUCUUGAUGUAGGCAUCCCACCGCCGAUCCAUAUCCAGAUCAGCUGCGUCGUCGGUUCCGCACACAGGCCAAGGGAAAUGACUACCGUUCCAGGGUCUCCGGUCUGGGAGCUCGUGAAGAAGAACAACUACUUCUUGAUCAAGCUGUUCGGCAACAGCAACACCAAGGUGCAGUUCAGCAAGGAGCCCAACAACCUCUACAAUAUCCAGUCCUACAAGUUCUCGGGCUUGGCGAACAGCAAGACCGUGGCGGUCCAGCCAUCAGCGGGAGAGGACAAGGCUGUUGUCCUGUCCACGACCAAGACCAAGAAGCAGAACACCCCUGCCAAGCUCCAGCACAAGACUCUGAUGCGCAAGGAGUUCCGCAAGAUGGCCAAGUCUGUCAAGAACCAGGUAUUAACUCCAGAGUUUUGUACUUGAAUUGCCCUUAUGCUUGGCUUUUAAGCUACAACUGUAAGUCACGGCUUGUCUCUGCUUCCUCCUUGAGUUUAGAGUUGUGGCAUGGCAUGCUUGAUUUUUUAGUGGACUUGUGUCCCUGAUGAUGCACCGUUGUUGCACUGCCAACCAUCAGAUGCAGUAGCUGCUCCUGCUUGCUACUCCGCUGCCGCCGCUCGUUGUUUUGCUACUGCUCCUGCUAGUUAGGCACUGCUGCUGCUCCUAAGCACAGCUCGUAGAUGCUGCUACUUGCCGCUGUUGAUUCCUCCUACAGCCUGGCAUCUGCCAUUGUAAUUUCAUGCUGAUGUAACAUGUGAAUCUGUUGGUCCUACUUAUUGUCUUUACAGAAGUCAAUGUACCUACCUUAUUUGGUGCUCUGUUAUUAUCUUUGAUCAGUAUCAGUUGUGUCUCUUAGAGAGACACUCCUACCUUUUCUGACUUGAGUUGUUAACUAUUGUUCCAUACUUCUGUUAGCUACAAUAAAAAAUCUUUGAAUUUGGUACUGCAUGAGUUUUUACUACUGCUUACACAGAGAGUAUUUGCUACUACUAAAAUAGCGAUUUUGUAUGCACUGCUACCUGAUGAGUGCUUUCCUUGUAAUAUUUCACCUUGGCAUGCAUAUGUGUGUUCGGUUUGAAUUUUGCAUGACAUGAUAUAAUUAUUUCCUGUGUUUUUCUCAACUUAUUUUCAUUGACACUUGAUAUAUACUUAGCUUGUACUUGAAGCUGUGGGUUAAUGUGGUGAUUUUGUUCUACUUGGAUGCAUUGGUACCCCCAUAAUCGAGCGCAUGGAUGCAAUGGCAAGAAGAUCAUGGCUGUGCGCAUCAUCAAGCACACCACGGAGAUAAUCGACCUCCUCACCGAUGGUGAAGGUUUUCAAAUGUUGAAGAAGGAGGACAAUAGGAACUUCUGUGAUGUCUUGUCAUCUAUUUUCUUUUCUUUGCUGUAGAAUAGUUUUGUUUGGCACUUACUGGUUCCUUGGACAUAAAUAUAUGUACUGCUAGAAUGAAUGCAUGUAAAGAUAUUUUGGGCUCCUAUAAUAUUCCAUGUUGCUUUGAAAAUGUAUCGGAACUGGGCUAGGCCCAAGAUAACUUGUAGUGUGAUGUGUUGUAAUGUCAAUGGCAUAAUAAAAGAAGUUGGAUUGGAUCAA